UAGUACCCACUGCGCGCCGUGGGUAGAAAUCCCUUUCAGAUUCCACCGUGAGAGACCGAGAGAGAGAGAGCGAGAGAGAGAUGGGGUGGAUCGGCGAAACCAUGGACUCCAUCCGCUCUCUACAGAUUCGACAAGUCCUAACCCAAGCCGUCAGCCUCGGCAUGAUCGUCACAUCGGCACUGAUAAUAUGGAAGGGAUUAAUGUGUAUAACUGGGAGUGAAUCACCUGUCGUCGUUGUUCUUUCUGGAAGCAUGGAACCUGGCUUUAAGAGGGGUGAUAUAUUGUUCUUGCAUAUGAGCAAGGAUCCUAUUCGUGCUGGGGAAAUUGUCGUAUUUAAUGUUGAUGGGCGUGAGAUUCCAAUUGUCCAUCGAGUAAUUAAGGUUCAUGAACGACAAGAUACUGGGGAGGUUGAUGUUCUCACCAAAGGAGACAAUAAUUUUGGUGAUGACAGGCUUUUAUAUGCACAUGGCCAGCUCUGGCUUCAACGGCAUCAUAUAAUGGGAAGGGCUGUUGGGUUUUUACCAUAUGUUGGCUGGGUGACCAUUAUCAUGACCGAAAAGCCUAUAAUCAAGUACUUGCUUAUUGGUGCCUUAGGGUUGCUGGUCAUAACUUCAAAGGAGUAGAAAUAUGUCACGAUUUCAAGGCCUGGUUAACCACACUCGUAAGCAUUUAAUGCACCCAGUGGGUACUGCAAGGACUCCAUUUGGACUCCAUUUUUUUUCACCUUCCAUCCUCUGUAAACUGAAUUGAAAUGUUAGUUUUGAAAGAUAAAUUUAGUUAACUAA